AUGAAGUUUGCCGAUUCACAUCCCAUCAUAGGCAACACUCAAUCGGCUGUGAACUAUAUGCUCUCGGAACUAAGUGUCUUCAAUGUUGAUUUCCCGACCGACUCAUCCAGCGUCAAGUUUCGCGCAGUCCAAUGGAUAUGUACCGAGGUGCUCCUUGCUUUGGCGGCAUUAAUGAACCUUGCCUCCCCGCGAGUCUUUAAGUACAUAUUCUGGUUCUCUACCGGUGCCGUUUUUCUGGAUUUUAUUCUGAAUGUCAUAUGGCUUCCUGUUGGGGCGCAUAACACUUACGGCCUGAGAACCGCACAGGAAGCUUUCAUGACAACCUAUAACGGAACCGGAGCACCGGCUGGUUGGAACUGGUGCCUUUCAUAUCUUGCAACGGCAGGUAUUUUGAUUGGAUUCGAUGCCUCCGGUCACGUUGCAGAGGAAACUAAAAAUGCGUCCGUUAAUGCGGCGAAGGUAAUACUGUUCUUGUUUACUUCUCCCCCGAUCGACGUGCUCUUUUCCUACGAUGCGCCCCAGCCUUUUGUCCCCCUGUAUGCCGCGGUUCUCGGUCGCGGGGGACAUAUUGUUAUGAAUGUCCUUUCGGUCGUCGCACUGUGGCUUAAUACGGCGAUCGCAGUCACUGCCGCCUCUCGACUGGUUUUCGCCGUUGCCCGUGACGGCGUUCUCCUGCAUCUGGAUGGGUAUCUCGAGUGUCAGCAGAAGGCCAACCUAGAAACGCCGUUCUUGUCGUCUGGGGUGUCGCUGCUGUCAUCACUUGUACCAUUUUGCCUUCUGCCGUCGCGUUCACCUCUUUGGUGUCGGCAGCAGGUGUUCCAUCUGCCGCAGCUUACGGGCUGA